UGUGUGUAUUCUCUGUUUUCUGUUUCUCGAAAAAUUAAAAUUCCCGCAAAUGUAACCAGUAUAAGAGCCCAUUGUUGUGUAUAUUUGGCUAACUUUACAGCUUAGUCGAGUGCAUAAGUGAUGAAUCUGUAACCUACAAAUGAAAUACAUAGUGGAUUAAUGUGUAACAAAGAAAAUAAGAAUUAUUUUUAAACAAUCACAAAGGAUAAUAAAUAUGGAGAAUCGUGAGAUCAUCUGUAUUUCAUCGGAUGAUGAAGAUACAGAACAGAGUGGAUCGAAUGGAAGACAACCUGUUAUUAAACAGCUUAAAAAUAAUUUCAUUAGACCUAUAAAAACAGAAAUUACUCCGAACGAAAGCGGUGAAAUAGCUGUCUGUGGACAAAAAAGAAGAUUGUCGCAAAUAGACGACGACAGUGGCAAAGGUCCUACGAAAAUCUUACGAGAAGAAGAUGUAAAAGAACCUAACAUAGAAGAGGGUGCUACGUCUAGCGGAGAGACAAACGUGUGUCAGAGCAAAGCAGAUAUCAUAGUAAAACCAAAAUUAGUAAUUAAAGAGACAAGACCGUUUUCGCAUAUGCAACAAGAUAUAUUUCCUAUGUUCAUCAGUUUAUGCUUACAAAAAGAUCGCUCGGAUGAUAUGAAAGUUAUUACUAACAAAUUAAAGAGAAGAUACGAGCAGUUAGACCAGGUAUACGCUAACUCGGAAGCUUUUAUUAAUUUUAUAAAUGAAAAAAGGAAUCACAUUAUGAAAAAUAAAAAUCAGUUAUAUACACACAUAGUCGAUGUAAAUAAUGAAAUGAAGAGGAUGUGCAGCGGAAAAUCAUCUUUAUUAUCGAAUAAUAAAAAUUGUAUUCCUACGACGCAGAAGCUGCAUGACGAUAAUUUUGAGUUACCUAGUUCGGACAAUUUGCAUACGAAUAACAUCGAUAACGCGGGAGUAAAUGAAAAUAAUGUCGCCAACGACGAAGAGGAAUCUGAGAAAAGUACUACACAGAAAAAGGUCAAAUUGAUACUGAAAACUAUGAAGAAAUGUGAGUUGUACAUAAAAAAGUUAGAAGAAACAGAAGUAAACUUCGACGAUGAAGACAACAGCAAUUAUAUGCAAUUAGAAAAAUACAAGCAUCGAAUGGUAGACCUUUAUAAUAAGUACUGUCAAUACACUGGUGAGAAUAUCGAUGCAGGACGACAAUACUUACGGCCGAAACACUUGAGUACAACUGGAAUUCAGACUGUAGACCAUGCAAUUACAAACUUUAUUAACUCUAAAGUAUCUAAACUGCGUAAUCUUAAAAAAAUUGGUACAUUCGUGAAUGCAGUGAUAUUCCCAGAUUACAAAGAUAUUUUAGACUGCGUAAAGAGGUGUAACGAAUCAAACAAUUUAGGACUGGACGUUAAACAACAGCAGCGUAUUGCUAAAAAGGCGUUCAUUGAGUUGGGAGAAUAUUUACAACGUUCUCGUCGAAACGAUUACUGGGAUACAUUUUCCUUGUUUCUUGAAAACCAGGAAGACGAUCCAGCUACGAAGGACCUUGAGUUGCAUCAAAAACUGUUACAGAACAAAAAGGAGGGUGAACAGCGUUUGACAAAUGUAUUUAACGAAUUUGUAAAGAAACAGGAAGAUAUUAGAGACGGUGUUAUAGAUGCUAAAACGUCGUCGAGCGAAGAAGACGAAGAGGAGAGCGCAGAGAACGAUGAAGAAGAUAAUAACAAUGACGAAGAUGAGGAUAUUAGUUUAGAUGUAGGAAGUUUGAGUAUAGAUAAAAGUAAAAGUAGUUCGGAGAGCGAAAUGGAGGAGGAUGACAAGGAGGAGGAGGAGGAGGAGGAGGAGGAGGAGGAGGAGGAGAAGGAGAAGGAGAAGGAGAAGGAGAAGGAGACGGAGAUGGAGAUGGAGACGGAGAUGGAGAUGGAGGUAAAGGAACAAGAAGAAAAGCAAGAAGAAAACAAGGAAGAGAAAGAAGAAACGGAAUCGGAUGGAAACAAAGUAUUAACGAUAAAAAACGAUGCGAAUGACAAAGUCGACGUUGAAAAUCCUACAGCAACAGAGAUAAACGAAGAUCGUGAAACGAACGCCAAUAAAUUGAAAGACACUGACGAUGAUAGCGAUGCGAAAGCAAGAAAUCCAAGCGAUGUUGCAAACAUUCCUAAGUGUACGCACGAGUCUGAAUCAGGAGGAACGGAAGGAAACGAUGGAACGAAAAUAUCCAACGACUCGGUUGACGUAGUAUCGUCUGUGACGUUAGAUGUCCCAAUUGAUAGAACAAAAGAGGAUGAAGCUAAUAAUAAGACCGAAGAAUCGACGGAUAGUAAACCGUCAGAACAGGAAAAACCAUUGUUGCGAGUACGUUCGUUUGCAAGACAUCCCACCACGUGGAAAGACGGAACUGAGAAAGCGAAGGAAUCGAGUACGGAGAGAAAGUUGGAAAAUAAGAGGCCGGCUUUAGCGGUGAACAACAAUGUCGUGGAUCUUACGUUGGACACAUCGGAUGAAAAGGUCACGGUAGUCAACAGUGCGAAUGCUGCAAGUAAAUCCAAAAUAGCGCUAGCUAAAAAAGAUAAAAUAAAGAAGAUAUUGAUACCGGCAGGUUCAAGUAUAAUCAAAGUGCAAAAUGUCCCGAAACGUUAUGGGAUAUUGAACUCUCAAGGAUUUGUUCCAAAUGGCGUAACGGCAUCGCAGAACGGGCAAAUAGUGGUGUCUCAGCAAAAUGUACUGGCUUUGGCUAAAAAACCCACGAUAAUAUCGUUCGUAAGGAAACCCGUCGACCAAGCGGAAAAUACUGUUUUAAAACUUCAAGUAAGACAGAACAGUGAGAAAAAUGUACAAAUUCAACCUAAAACCGCUUCAUCGGUUGUCACGCGCAACCAAAUGAUUUAGCAAUCAUCAUCGAAGAACAUAUCCGCGUCUGAGGAACUCAAGUAUUUAAGACAAAAACUCAGAGCGAUUUGUUUGGAUCAUUGUUAUGCGCGUAACGCUCUAUUAUGUACUAACGGCGGACGACCAACCGACUACAACUAGAUAAACUUGCUAAUUUUGUACGGUAAUAAUUUUGUAACUUAUGAACGGUCGGCAACACUGUACAAGUACAAGGAUAUGUUACACUUAAUAAAUUUUUUACGAAUACCGAUAUAUAUAUAUGAUUUUCGUACAGAGUAGGUAAUACAUCUCAAUUCGUAUAUCGAUGAACGAUUUGUUAUGCGCAAGACAUAUUAGCCAGUAUGAUUUUCGUUAGAGAGAAUUCUGGCUCGGUGAGUUUCUCCACGAUGUCGAAGUGAUCGAUUUCCUCGCGAAGCAAUAGAUAACGAACGUCGUCCACCAUCGUGACGAGUUUCUAGAACAAAACGAGAAAAGAAGAACACGCGUGAAACGUUUCCCUAUGAAAUCGAUAGAUAUGCACGAAUAACGAAUGUCGGUAAUGAAUUACCUGGGCACAUUUGCGCGAUUCAUUUAUAAACUCUGGCGAUUCGCAUUCUCCGCCGGUCACGAUAACUUUCAAUCCCGUAAUGAUUCUGUUCUCCGAAGUGUCGAGAUUGACGAAGCUGUACGCCGCAAUUUCCUCACUAAAAUAAAACAUUGUAACAGCGAUCGCCGAAUACAACAUGGUUUGUCUCAAAAGUACCAGUUGGAGAAUUAAUUUUAUGCAUUUUUAGUAUAUUUUAUGUAUUUAUAUAUAUCGUUUGAAAAGUUCUUUUUAAAGCAUUCGUAUGCGAAUGGAUAUCUGCGGUUUAGUUACGAUCACACGAUAUUUGCAGGCCGAAUCAGAAUUUUGAGUAAGCAUCAUGAUAUCGAAGCGGCGUGUUUCGCGACGUUUCAAGCAAAACCGGAUCAAUGUAGUCCGUUGAUCGCACAGAGAAUUACGAUCUCUUGAAAUAUUGUAUGCGGCGAUUAUGCCAUUAUACGUGCGUGCCUAACUACAGUAUCGCGGGGAUUACAAAUUUCUUGAACAAAGAAAGAGAUUCUCGUGUUCGUAGGAUAUGCAAUUUAUGACACAAGUUUGAUACUGUUCUAGGAUCGGGCAUAGAACAUUAAGAGAGAUGUAAUAUAAAUAUAUUCACGAGAAUUGGCAGGAAAUUAUGUUUAUGCUGCGCGCGAGGCGACACGAUCGAAGUCAGGGCCAAAACGUAAUGCGAUAUUAAUGCGAUAUCGUUGAUUAAACGUUAAUAUCGUUAUACGAUAAUGCGAGCAAGGAGGCAAAAUAAGAUAUGGAAAACUAUAUUUCAACGUUUCGUCGAUCUAUUUAUUAGAUACACCUCGAUCGGUUACCUUGAUCAACAUUUUUAUGCGUGCGCAUGUAAUAAAUAGAUAAAGCAAACGUAGAAAUACAGUUUUGCACGCCUUAAUUUCUACUUUCGUUUGCCUCUUUAUUUACAUUACCGUAUAAUAAUAAUAAUAAUAAUAAUAAUAAUAAUAAUAGUAAUAUAAAUAACGAUCGAUCGACUGGCCCGAUCGGGUCGCUCCCGUGCAGCUGUUCGUAUUUCCUGCCGAUUCUCGUUGAACAACCGUUAACGAAGAAAGGCGAGAUCGUUGGAAAUAGCGUGUGUAAGCGUGUGCAAGCGUGCGGGUGUUUUUAAUUUCAAAACGGUGUAUUCAAAGAAGUAUUAUACAUACAAUAAUAAUUAACCCAAGACGUA